GUGACGCUCCUUCCGGGUGUCUGAAGUUCUAUCCUGGGGUCUGCAGGAGAAUGGAGUUCCCGGACCUGGGCAAGCAUUGUUCGGAGGCCACAUGCAAGCAGUUAGAUUUUCUGCCUUUAAAAUGUGACGCUUGUGAACAAAUCUUCUGCAAAGACCACGUCACGUACGCCCUCCAUAACUGCACGUCUGCUUAUAAGAAGGACGUGCAGGUUCCGGUGUGUCCCCUCUGUAACACUCCCAUCCCAGUGACUCGCGGACAGACCCCCGAUAUCGUAGUUGGAGAUCACAUUGAUCGGGACUGCAAGUCGGACCCCGCGCAGCAAAAGCGAAAGAUCUUUACUAAUAAAUGUGUGAAGCCCGGCUGCCGUCAGAAGGAGCUGAUUAAGGUGAUCUGUAAUGACUGCCACGGGAACUUCUGUCUCAAACACAGACAUCCCCUGGAUCACGACUGCAAAGGAACCAGCGCUCCGAUCUCCAAGGCAGGACACGCAGCUUUAAUGAGAAGUCACGCUUCCUCUUCGAAGACUUCCACGGCUUCCAGCCACGUGGCCCCCAAACCCGCUGCACAACCCCAGCGUAGCAGGGCCGUUGCCCCUUCUCAUCAGCCGUCGGCCGCAGCCGCCCUGCAGAAUGGUUUGACAGAAGAAGAAGCUCUCCAGAGAGCCCUGGAAAUGUCUCUUGCAGAAUCUGCAACGAACACGAGCCAGCAGGACCGCUCGCAAGAGGAUGAAGACUUGGCUUUAGCUCGAGCGCUGUCUGCCAGCGAAGAGGAAUACAGGAGGCAGCAGGCGCUGCUGGCGGAGGACGGCAAGAAAAAGGGACUGUAGAGAAGGAAAGGGGUGUAGAGGAUUAUGCUAAAAGGGACACUUGGCAGGGCCAAAACCGUGAUGCCAAACAGACCACUUGCAGCGUGUCCUAGCGGGGCAGUUUACAGUUUGGGACGAUUACACGGCACGACGGGGGAUCAUCGAACAUCAGGCCGACCAAUCGGAUGAAGCCGCCGUGAUAACAUACAGCAGAUUUGUUCUUCGUGACACCAGGCUAUCCGCGCAUGGACGGUUUCACCCGGUGGUUUGCUAUAGGUUACCAAAGAAACACUCAGUGAUGUAUAUUUGAGGGCUGGUCGGCUCCUGCCAGGUCCUGCCAUUUACUAAUAAUCACGCCGGGGGGGUUAAAAACCAUAGAGCGCGUUCACAAUGAGCCAUUCCUGACGAGAAGCAGCUUUUAGGGAAAGUCAUGUGAUCUCUCCAUCCCUUUCCAAGGGAUGAACACUAGGACCAGGUCAUCUUUAAAGCUUAAGUUCUUGCGGAGAAUGGCUUCCAACCUGCGCAAUUAUUGCAGUCUAUUCACUAAGCCCGAAUUUUAAAGGAGACUUGACCAUUUCAACUCGCCGUGCGCCUUCCUGGAUGGUGCACCGUUUAGAGUUUGAGCCCCUAAUCAUAGCUCGUGGCUCAGAGAUACACAAAGAGCAAAAAGAAAGGCAUUUUAUAACCUAGAUUUCUAUAUAAUAAAAAGUAAGCAAGUUAUCCAUAUAGCUAAGAAAUCAUGCAGAUCCUCGCGGCCAGUUACAUAUUAGAGUCUUUCUGAUGAAGUCCCCCGAGGGCCGCUCUGAAUUGGGGGUCGUUUUGUAUGUUUGUGGCAUUGCCUGAUGCGUAUACGUAUGUGAAUGAAAUUAAGUUUGCGAUUGGAAAAGAAA